AUGGAGCCGCGGGCGCUCGUCACGGCGCUCAGCCUCGGCCUCAGCCUCUGCUCCCUGGGGCUGCUCGUCACGGCCAUCUUCACCGACCACUGGUACGAGACGGACCCCCGGCGCCACAAAGAGAGCUGCGAGCGCAGCCGCGCCGGCGCCGACCCCCCGGACCAGAAGAACCGCCUGAUGCCGCUGUCGCACCUGCCGCUCCGGGACGCGCCCCCGCUGGGGCGCCGGCUGCUCCCGGGCCGCCCCGGGGCGCGCGCGGACCCCGAGUCCUGGCGCUCGCUGCUGGGGCUCGGCGGGCUGGACGCCGAGUGCGGCCGGCCGCUCUUCGCCACCUACUCCGGCCUCUGGAGGAAGUGCUACUUCCUGGGCAUCGACCGGGACAUCGACACCCUCGUCCUGAAAGGUAUUGCGCAGCGGUGCACAGCGAUCAAGUACCACUUUUCUCAGCCAAUCCGCUUACGAAACAUUCCUUUCAAUUUAACGAAGACAAUACAGCAAGAUGAAUGGCAUCUGCUUCAUUUGAGAAGAAUCACCGCCGGCUUCCUGGGCAUGGCCGUGGCUGUCCUGCUCUGUGGCUGCAUCGUGGCCACGGUGAGUUUCUUCUGGGAGGAGAGCCUGACCCAGCACGUGGCCGGCCUCCUGUUCCUCAUGACAGGGAUAUUUUGCACCAUUUCCCUCUGCACUUACGCUGCCAGCGUCUCCUAUGACUUGCACCGCCUCCCGAAGCUGAUUUACAGCCUGCCCGACGACGUGGAACACGGCUACAGCUGGUCCAUCUUCUGCGCCUGGUGCAGCUUAGGCUUCAUUGUGGCAGCUGGAGGGCUCUGCAUCGCUUACCCGUUUAUUAGCCGGACCAAGAUGGCCCAGCUCAAGUCCGGCAGGGACUCCACGGUAUGA